AUGGCUCAGAGGGGCGCCUUCUCCGGCGGCGCCGCCGUCGUUCCCGUUCACCAGGAGGAGGAUGAGGGCGGCGACGCGGUGUCGGAGGAGGAAGGGGCCGAGGACCGGUGGGCCCAGAUGCCCCCGGACCUCCUGAGCGACAUCCUCGGAAGGGUCGAGCUGAGCGAGGACAGAUGGCCGGUGAGGAAGAACGUGGUGGCCUGCGCCUGCGUCUGCAAGAGGUGGAGGGAAAUCACCAUGGGCAUCGUCAGCUCCCCACCAGAGUCCGGGAAGAUCACCUUCCCUUACUCUCUCAAACAGGUUCCCCCCCACGAACCCACCUUCCGCCCUCCUCUUCCUUCUGAUUUCCGCCGAUCUGACCGGUGGAUGCGACGAUGUCUUGCAGCCCGGCCCGAGAGAUCUCCCCCUUCAAUGCUUCAUCAAGAGGAACAAGAAGACCUCCACCUUCUACCUCUACCUCAGCCUCUCUCCAAGUAUGCAGCAGCUCUUCCUCCCCCUUCCCCUCAAGAGCGGAUGAAUUAUGCUCCCCUACUUUUUACUUUCUGGGGCGAUCUCGAUCGAUUGACUGGUUUAUUUUUAUUAUUUUCUUUUGUUGGAGAAUUCGUGGAUAAGGGGAAGUUCCUCCUGGCCGCCCGGAGAUUCAGGCGCAGCGCCUGCACCGAAUACAUCGUCUCCCUCGACGCCGACGACGUCUCGCCGGGAAGCAGGGGCUAUGUGGGCAGGUUGCGGUAAGACUCCCGAUGGGUUUAUCGAGAUUACCCGUUAUUGUACUUGUGAUUUGCGAGGUAUCAUCUUGUCCGGCGAGGGCUGUGGCGGCGCCGCCGUAUCUGGCGGGGGAAGGCGAGGCAGUCAUCUGGAUCAUGCCGGAGGAGGCCUCAAAAUCUUGGAUUGCUAUAGUUGACAUGAACUAUUGUUACAGGUCCAACUUCUGGGGAACGAAGUUCAGAAUGUACGACAGCCAGCCGCCGUUCGAGGGCGCGAGGCCCGCGGUGACCCGAGCGCGCCGCCAGUUCGCCGGCGGCAAGCAGGUCAGCCCCCAGGAGCCCGCCGGCAGCUACGAGAUCGGGCAAGUCUCGUACAGAUUUAACCUCUUCAGGUCGAAGAGCCCGAGGAGGAUGACCUCCACUCUCCACUGUCCGCAGCCGAAGGAAGACGACGCCAAGCCCAUCGUUCUCUGCAACAAAGCUCCGAGAUGGCACGAGCAUUUGCAGUGCUGGUGCCUGAAUUUCCACGGCCGGGUGACGGUGGCCUCCGUGAAGAACUUCCAACUGGCGGCGCCGCCGGCGCCGGCGAGGCAGGACGCCAGCAGCCGGCGGGUGUUCGCCGGAGAUGAAGAGACGGUGCUGCUCCAGUUCGGGAAGGUCGGAGACGACCUGUUCACCAUGGACUUCCGGCAGCCGCUCUCGGCCUUCCAGGCGUUCGCCAUCUGCCUGACCAGCUUCGGCACGAAGCUCGCAUGUGAAUGA